ACUGCUACUCUAGCCGUUGGAUGAUGGUCGUUCCCAUCGGACGGAUGCGGCUUUCGCGAAAUCCUUAAUGAAGGGGGAAACGAAGAGAGUCCUUCGAAGGCGGCAAAAGCGGGAACCUCGGAACUCUUCUCCGUCCCUCACUUCUCCGAUCGACGACCGAGAUCGAGAUCGAGAUCGACGUGGGGAAACAUGGGGCUUCUCUCGAACAGGAUCGGGAAGGCGAGUUUGAAGCCGGGGGAUCACAUCUACUCGUGGCGCACCGCUUACAUCUACGCUCACCACGGUAUCUAUGUUGGUGAUGAUAAGGUGAUCCACUUCACAAGAGGAAGAGGCGAAGAGGUGGGAACCGGAACUGUUCUAGAUGUGUUUCUCAGUAGCUCCGGACCCCAUAGAGCCCCCUGCUCGACAUGCACCAAUCAAGCAUUGGAGUCGCGUGGAGUGAUGUCUUCUUGUCUCAAUUGUUUCCUUGCUGGUGGGGUCCUAUACCGCUUCGAGUAUGGGGUCAGUCCUGCAUUGUUUAUUGCCAAGGCUCGAGGUGGAACAUGCACCCUCGCAGUUUCUGAUCCAUCUGAGAUGGUCGUCCACCGAGCCAAAUACCUGCUUAACAAUGGUUUCAGAUGCUACAGUGUGUUCAAAACCAACUGCGAGGAUUUUGCCAUCUAUUGCAAGACAGGUAUUCUUGUGGCAGAGCGAGGAGUGGUUGGACAAAGUGGACAGGCAAUAUCAAUAAUCGGUGGGCCACUCGCUGCUGUCCUCUCGACACCGUUCCGCCUCAUCACGACCAAUGUGUAUGGAAUGGCGGUGACGGCCGUCGGAGUUUAUUGUGCCAGCCGGUAUAUUGCAGACAUUGGCAACCGCAUCGAUGUGGUUCGGAUUCCUGUGGAGGAACUCACGGCAGGACUAGCAUCUGGAAGGGUUAGGAUAGCGGAGGGUGCAAAUCAUCUGACUCUGCCUCAAUGACAGGAAGGAGGGUAAAUCUACUUAUUAUUAUCAUCAUAUGGAACGAAUCAUUCCUCCUCUCCCUCCUCAGUCUGAUUCUGCAGUCUGACAGAUACAAGUUAUAAUAAUAAUGUGUGUCUUCCUGCCAAUCACAUCAUAUAUACUGUUUGAUGAAAUAGAUGACUGAUUAUGGCUUCACUUGUCA